GAUUAGUCAACAAUGAUUUUAAUUAUUCCGUAGAAAAAAUCAUAAAUCAGUUUAGCUGCUUUUUAAAAGUAAAGAAGAAGGGCCGAAAGUACAUUUGGUUAUUAUGGGCUCUAUCGACCUCUCUUUGUUUUAAUUACUCAGUGGUGCGAAAUUUGGUACUGUUAGAACGUGAUUGUCGUUAACUAAGCAUGUUGGCCACCGAAAUGGAUUUAGAUGGUGCUGUACAGCAAGUCCUGAAAAAUGCUGCUAAGUGCCGGGGAAUAUGUCGUGGACUAAACGAGUGCACGAAAUUGAUUGAACAACGAGCUGUCGUUCUUUGCUUCCUAGCAGAUAAUUGCAAUGAAAAGGCUUAUACCACUUUAAUUGAAGCACUAUGUCACGAACAUGGCAUUCCUCUCGUAAAGGUUCCCGAUAAUAAAAGACUUGGUGAAUGGUCUGGAUUGUGUAAGUAUGACAAAGAAGGGAAGGCUAGAAAAGUUGUGUCGGCCUCAUGCAUUGUAGUAACUGACAUUGGGGAAGAAUCUUACGGAUUGAAGUAUCUAGUGGAGAAAUUCAGGCUCCCCAUCCAAACAAGAGAGGCAUAGUUCACACUUGAUAAUUAUACAAAAUGUUUACGAUCAACUUUGCUUUACGUUGUUAUCUUGUAUAAGGAUGGGUUUGAGCCAUUCUUUACCUCCAGAAGGGGGUGUUUUUACUAUCCUAGUAAUCAUACAUUCUGAGUAAGCAUAAGUUCAACAGUUUCUAAAAGUAUCCGAUUGUUUGUUAUUGUCUGUUAACGAUAGCAGAUAAUCAAAAAGAACCUUGUCAUACCAGUUUCUAAGGUCUAUUCCUCAGUGCUCUCAUCCACCUGUCGUGAUCUAUGUUUGAUU